AUGACGAGCCACCAAGUCGGCGAAGGAUGGUCGGAGCGCAACCCCAUUCCGACUGUCCAGCAGUACCGCGAGAUUGAGGCGCAGCGCGAGAGGACCGCCAGGGAGAACCAAUCAAGGCUCGCAGAAAGCGAGGCAGAUGAGCAGGCGCCCGUCAGCACCACCGCGACCGGCACCACCACCGUCGGCGCCGCGCCCGCCCUCGACACCGGCUACGAGGGCCUUCGUCAGCGAAAGAGCCUUUCGAGCGCCGGCGAAGGGGCCUUUAGCGGCCCUCCGGUGCCCGACAAGGGCGACGUCGCAGCGACCGGCGUCAGGAAGGACGACGAGGUCAAGGAUGCCGGCGGGGGAGCCGAGGAAAAGGAGCGCAUCAAGAAGCAGCAGCAGCCCAAGGGAAAGGCCAACGAGUUUGAGGCCAAGGGCGAGCGCGUGGUCCGCGAUCCCACGACGGGCGGAGAUGUCCAGAUUCGCGACGCCUCCGAAAACGCAAAGAUCGACCCCGACAAGCUCGACUCUCGAUAUGGCCCGGGCUUCUCGUCCAACAAGGCAAAGGAUCCCUCCAAGCACCACCCGCUCCACACGGCGCCUUACCCGGCUGAGCCGUCCAACAUCCUCCUGCAGACCUUCCCGGCGCCCGUCGACACCGAUGCGCUCCAGCGCCUCAAGGGCACUUUCCGACAGCUGGCCCUCGGCCUCGCCGCCGCCCUCGCCGUCACCUGGUUCUUUGUCGCGUUCGGCGCCGGCUGGAUGCGCUUCUUCUUCCGCACCGGCAUCCUCGCCGCCGUCGGCUUCGGAGGCUGGUCGGGUCUCAACCUCGCGCUGCGCAAGAUCGAAAAGGAGAUGGAGCAUAUCCGCGCCGAGAUGCAUCGUCAGCGCGGCCAGGAUCACUCCCCGCCCAUGCCCGAGUCGGUCGAGUGGCUCAACUCUAUCCUGGCAUCGGCGUGGAAGCAGGUCAACCCGGAGAUGUUUGUGCCCAUGGUCGACAUGGUCGAAGACAUCAUGCAGCAGUCUCUGCCCGGCUUCGUCGACUCGGUCAAGAUCGACGACGUCGGCCUCGGCGAGAACCCCUUCCGCCUGGUGUCCAUGCGAGGACUCGCCGACAUGAUGACCGACGACGAGUACCCGCGCGAGGAGUGGAUCGACCAGGGCAAGAAGGACGAGCUCAAGGCCGCCGAGGCCAAGUCCGGCGUCGCCAGCGACGACGACGACGGCGACGGCGUAAAGACCGACGAUGAGAGCGGAGACUUUGUCAACCUCGAGGUGGCCUUCUCGUACUCGGCGCGCGCCGGGCAGUCGUCGUCGGACCGCGCCAAGAACAUCCACCUCAUGAUCCAGUUCUUCCUCGGCGCCUACGACCUCUUCCAGAUCCCGCUGCCCAUCUGGAUCCAGGUCGAGCACAUCUCGGGCACUGUCAGGCUGCGCCUCCAGAUGGUGCAGGAACCGCCCUUCAUUCGCAACCUCACCGUGACGCUCAUGGGCGUCCCUCGCAUCGAGAUCAGCGCCAUCCCCAUGACGCGCGCCCUGCCCAACGUCCUCGACCUGCCCGUCAUCAGCGGCUUUGUGCAGUCCAGCAUCGCCGCCGCCACCAACAUGUACGUCGCCCCCAAGAGCAUGACGCUCAACAUGGCCCAGAUGCUCGGCGGAGACGGCAUCAAGAAGGACACGGACGCCGUUGGCGUGCUCGUCGUCGACAUUGAGUACGCCGUCGACCUCAGCGCCCAGGACGCCAACGGAAAGAGCGAUCCCUAUGUCGUCUUGGCGUACAGCAAGUUCGGACGACCACUCUUCAGCUCGCGCAUCAUAUUCGAAGAUUUGAACCCCGUCUGGAACGAAACUGCCUAUCUAUUGGUCUCAAAGGACGACAUUCGUGCCGACGAGUCGCUCGGCAUCCAGCUGUGGGACUCUGAUGCCCGCACGGCCGACGACAUAGUGGGAAGGGUCAACAUCCCGAUCAAGGAGCUGGUUGCGAAGCCAAACGUUCCCCAGGAUCGCUUGGACCCGCUCAAAGGCUUCGAAGAUGCGGAUUCCAUGCCAGGCCACCUCAAGUACUGCGUCACAUACUUUGACAAGGCGGACUUCAACAAAUCGCUCAUGAAACGCAAGAAGGACGAGGAAAAGACGCAGGCCGAAAAGGAACUCGAAAGGACGGCCACCGCCGUCGACACCGAGACCGAGGCGCUGGCGCUGCACUGCCCGCCGGACCCCGAGUACCCUUCGGGCGUGCUCAGCAUCAUCGUGCACCACAUUGCGGGCCUCGAGGAGCGAAGCGUCGAGAAGGGUGUUAUGGGAAAAGAGCGGGAAGGCAGCUACGGUCAGGACGUCGACGCCAAGAACCCGGGCGGCAAGGCGCUGCCGAGCGGCUACGUCGAGAUCAUCGUCAACGACGAGAUCCUCUACAAAACGCGGGUGAAGCCGCAGAGCAACAUGCCCUUCUUCAACGCCGGGCACGAGGCCUUUAUCCGCGACUGGACGCGGACCGAGGUCAGGCUGGCGGUGCGCGACGCCCGCCUGCGCGAGCACGACCCGCUGAUGGGAAUCGUGUCGCUCGACCUGACGAGGCUGUUCGAGGAGUCGUCGCAGGUGACGCAGUCGUUUUCGCUGCAGGACGGCGUGGGCUUCGGCAAGGUGCACGCCAGCUUCUGCUUCCGCAGCGUCAAGGCCAAGCUGCCCAAGCAGCUGCUGGGCUGGGACACGGCGACCGUCGAGCUGCUCAGCCCGAUCACCAUCGAGAGCGCCGACCCCAAGCUGCAGAGCAAGAAGAUCAAGGUGUCGACGGGCGACGACACGCAGCGGAUCGCGCCGAGCCAGGAGGUGCCCGACGGCGCCGACGCCCUGGUGCGUCUGCCCGUCUACGACCGGUACAGCUCGAUGCUGACGUUUGACAUCGGCGGUGGUGGGCUGAGCCUGGGACCGAUCGGGGGCAAGCCCGAGGCGGUGGCCGUGUUUGCGCUGCGCGACCUCGGCGACGACGAGGUGGCCGACCUGGAGCUGGACCUGCUGGCCGGCGACAACCUGGGCACGCUCAAGCGCAACUACCCCAACGAGCAGACGCGCAAGACGCAUCCGCACGAGGUGGUGGGCAAGCUGCGCGUCAAGGUGCGCAUCGACGCCGGGCUCGACGACGACCACCUGCGCCUGGUCCAGUCGAGCACGGGCCGCAAGGACCGCCACGAGUACGAGGUGUACAACCGCCUCGAGGGCAUGCCCAAGCGCGCCGAGGAGAAUGCGCACGCCAACGACGACGGCGUCAUUGACUCGGAGGAGCGCAAGCGCAUCAACAAGGCCAAGUCCGAGGCGCUCCACUCGCGCCACCGCGGCGUCAUGGGCUACUCGACGGCCAGGACCGGCGUCUGGGCCAAAGACGGCGUGCGCGACCGCAUCCGCCGAGCGUCUCAGAAGCUGCGAGGCAAGCAGACGCGCGACCAGACCAUCAACUCGGAGGCGUGA